UCCUGGCCGGUGUUAGCAAGUUACCGGGCAGUAGUAAAUGGCGGUGUUGGCAAUGUUGGAAGUGAAUAUUUUCGUAUAAUGGGGACUCAAAAGCCGGUUGAGUGGGUGUCGGCCUUAAUAACACGAUUCGAAGAGCAGUUGCCAUGUUGUACAGGACCACAGAAUACUCGUUCCCGUGUAAAUGAAGAGCAAAACAAGAAAUGCUUAAUUCAAAUCAGCCGUCACCGUUUUUCACUUGUCAUUUCUGGUCUCACAAAAAUAUUACAGCGUGUUAAUGAAAUGUUUCUUUCUGUGGUGUCAGGACCACGACCUCAUGGACCUGAUAUGGAACGCAACUGUUAUGAGUCUUUACUCAUUGUUUUGGACACAUUAGAGAAGUGUCUCAGCAACCAACCCAAAGAUGCGGCACGAUUUGAUGAAGCAAUGAAUGUAAAACUUUUAUUGCGGGAGAUUUGUCAAUUUAUUGAUGUCCCAAAUGACAAUCCAACAGUGCUUCAGCUUAAAAAUUUGGCAUCUAGAGUUUUAUUUGCACUGAGCUUGAAUUUCUUCAAUGCAGUUUUUAACAGGAUAUCGGGAAGAUUACAGGAGCUGAGUGCCUGCAAUGAAGAAAAUCCAGACUGUAGUGAUAUAGAGUUGAUUCAACAUAUUAAUGUGGAUGUAGACAGACUAAUUCGAUUACUUAAUGAAUCUAUUCAGAAGUUCAGAUUGCUGAAAAAGUCUGCACAUCUUGUGCUUAUCACUUCAUUGGAGAAAGCUAUCUGGAACUGGAUGGAUACGUAUCCUCAUGAAUUUGCAGACUUACAGAAAAGACAUAAUGAGGAGUUAGCCAAGUGCUGUGAGGGUCUGUUUGACAUCUUGGAUAGCUUUGCUGAUAACAAGAAAGGAAGAGCUGCAGUGUGGCCACUUCAGAUGAUGCUUCUCAUUCUCUCGCCUAAAGUUCUGGAGGAGAUAGUGAAUGCAGACUCUGGGGCACCUUGUUCACCACGUCAUUCUAAGAAGAAGCAGUUCAUUGACUCAGUGAAACGAGCCAUGCACGGAACUAGCAAACAGCUGACCGAAGCAGCUGCAGUUACCUGUGUCAAACUGUGUAAAGCUUCUACUUACAUCAGUAACCUGGACUCCAACAACGUAGCUUUCACCUUGGUGCAGAAUAUCAUUAAUGAACUCAAGAAUCUGCUCUUCAAUCCAAGCAAACCAUUCUCCCGUGGACAGAAUUAUGUUCUACAUGAUAUUGACUUAAUGAUUGACUGUUUCGUAUCAUGUUUCCGUAUCAAACCACACAACAAUGAAGCACUCAAAGUAUGUCUCAACCCCAACUCUUCGUUCCUAUACCAUUAUGUUCUCAUCAGCUCCUUGUACAGGAUUAUAACACAGCCUCGAUUACCAUGGUGGCCUCAGAUUGAUUUGGUUUACAACAAAUCCAGUGAACUCAGGCUCAUGUUCACUGAUACAUUAAACAAAGCAUUACAAGGAUGUAUUACUCAUACUACGCUUCGUAUGAUUCCGUCGUUUGCACUGAAAGGUAAAGAGUCUACUUCAAAGUUCAGAGAGAGGGGUGAUGAAGUCCCAGUUAUUAAGAACUUGUUGCUUUUGAUUGUUCGUCUCAUUCAUGCAGAUCCAAUGUUAAUGCUGAAUAACCAGGGAAAGACUGGCCAUGAGAUUCAGAGCUCUACAUUGGAUCUCAUCAAUGGGUUAGUGAGCUUGGUUUAUGAACCCACAAUGCCAGACGUAGCUCUGGAAGCCAUGGAAGCUCUUCUGGUGCUUCAUCAUCCUGAGAAGAUUGAAGUUUGGAACCCAGAAGCACCCAUCAAUACCUUCUGGGAUGUGAGUUCGCAAGUGUUAUUCACCAUCUCCCAGAAGCUCAUUCAACAUCAAAUAAUGAAUUAUACAGACAUCCUGAAAUGGCUUCGUGAUAUUCUCAUGUGCAGAAAUGCUUUCCUUUUCCGUCACAAAGACUAUGCCAACUUGGGGAGUCAGGUCGCUAUUUGCAAGCAAGCACAUAUAAAACUGGAGGUGGUCUUCUUCAUGUACCUUUGGAGCAUAGAUAUAGAGGCUGUGUUGGUAGCCAUGUCAUGUUUUAGACUGCUGUGUGAGGAAGCAGACAUUCGCUGUGGCUCUGAUGAAGUUACUGUAACAUAUUUACUUCCAAAUUAUCAUCUGUAUCAAGAAUUAGCCCAUGCAUCAACAGUUCUUACUACAGCCAGCGUGGAGUCGAGAGCUUACUACCGUGAACAUAAUCAUGGCCGAGCAGCUCUGCAGAAACGAAUAAUGGCUUUGCUACGCAAGAUUGAGCACUGUGUAAAUGGAGUCCAGCCAGCUUGGGAAGAAACAUUUCGCAACUGGGAGGUAUCUACAAAAACGCUGACAUCAUAUCCGAAGGCAAAAUUAGAAGAUGGUCAGGUGGAAUCAUUUCAUCGUUCAGCAGGCAAACGGCGGGCUUCCCAUCAGAAUUCGGAACAUGAGCUUGAGGAUCAGAUUAAUGAAUGGGCAAACAUGACUGGUUUCCUUUGUGCGCUUGGAGGUGUUUGUCUGCAGCGUAAGUCCCCAUCAAGACCAUCAGCAGGUUUGGGAUUGCUUCCUAUGCCAUGUCUGGAGUCUCAUAAAUUGGCCAACUCAAGUCAGGAUGUACAGUAUUGCCCUGUUACUCAGUUUGUGGGGCAGUUACUGCGAUUACUUGUAUGCAACAAUGAAAAAUUUGGUGCACAGAUCCAGAAACAUGUGAAAGAGUUAGUAGGACAUGAGAUGUCUCCAGCUUUGUAUCCUAUUCUUUUUGACCAGAUAAAAGCCAUAGUUGAGAAGUUCUUCGAUCAACAAGGACAGGUGAUUGUGUCUGACAUCAACACACAGUUCACUGAACAUACCAUCUUCAUCAUGAAGAAUGUGCUGGACACUAAAACAGACCAACCAUCUGAACAUCUUGGUGUUACUAGCAUAGAAGGAAUGAUGUUAGCUAUUGUCAGGUAUGUUCGUUAUCUUGAUAUGACUGUACAUACUGUCCACAUAAAGACAAAGCUCUGUCAGCUAGUGGAAGCCAUGAUGAAACGACGGGAUGAUCUGGCUUUCCGUCAAGAGAUGAAGUUUCGCAACAAGCUGGUGGAGUAUUUGACAGAUUGGGUGAUGGGAACAUCACAUCAAAUAGCCCCUCCAGGAUCUGGGGAUAUUACUGUCAUCACCAGAGAUUUGGACCAAGCAUGCAUGGAAGCAGUUGCUGCUUUGCUCAGAGCACUACCACUGCAGCCUGAAGAGUCUGAUCGUGGUGAUCUCAUGGAAGCUAAGAGCCAGCUUUUCCUCAAGUAUUUUACAUUGUUCAUGAAUCUUCUGAAUGACUGCACCGAUGCACAGGAUGUAGAAAAGGAUGUGAGCCGUCAGCGUUUGGCUGCAGGAAAAUUAAAUACUCUCCACAAUGCAACAAUACAAGCCAUGUCAAAUUUGUUGUCAGCCAACAUUGACAGUGGUCUUAUGCAUUCAAUAGAUCUGGGUUACAACCGCGAUCCGCAAACCCGUGCCGCAUUCAUGGAGGUAUUGACAAAAAUUCUUCAGCAAGGAACUGAGUUUGACACGUUAGCUGAGACUGUUCUGGCAGAUAGAUUUGAACAGCUUGUACAGUUGGCAACAAUGAUUAGUGAUAAAGGUGAACUACCCAUUGCAAUGGCUCUUGCCAAUGUUGUGACAACAUCACAAAUGGAUGAGCUGGCAAGAGUAUUUGUAACAUUGUUUGAUGCCAAACAUUUAUUAUCGCCACUUCUGUGGAACAUGUUCUAUCGAGAAGUUGAAGUUUCUGAUUGUAUGCAAACACUGUUCCGAGGAAAUUCACUGGGCAGCAAAAUUAUGGCAUUCUGUUUCAAGAUUUAUGGUGCUAGUUAUCUACAAAACUUAUUGGAGCCCUUGAUUAGGCCAUUACUUGAAGAACCCAGUCAGAGCUUUGAAGUGGAUCCUGCUAGAUUGGAUCCUAGUGAAAACAUAGAAGAAAAUAGAAGAAAUUUGAUUGCACUGACACAGAAGGUGUUUGAUGCCAUUGUCUCAUCUGCAGAUAAAUUUCCCCCACAGUUACGGAGUAUGUGUCACUGUCUGUACCAGGUGCUUAGUAAAAGAUUUCCACUGUUUCCACAAAAUAAUAUUGGAGCAGUUGGGACGGUCAUAUUUCUCCGGUUUAUCAACCCAGCAAUAGUGUCACCACAGGAGAUGAGCAUUGUAAUUAAGCAGGUGCCCCAAUCUGUUAAACGAGGCCUGAUGCUUAUGUCGAAGAUCCUGCAAAACAUAGCAAACCAUGUUGAAUUCAGCAAAGAGCAACAUAUGUUACCAUUCAAUGAUUUUCUGCGUGCACAUUUUGAAAUUGGUAGAAGGUUCUUCAUCCAGAUAGCUUCAGACUGUGAAACUGUUGAUCAGGCCUCACAUUCAAUGUCAUUCAUCAGUGAUGCCAACAUUCUAGCAUUGCAUCGUUUACUCUGGAAUCACCAAGAAAAAAUUGGUGAUUACUUGUCCAGUAGUCGUGAUCACAAAGCUGUAGGACGACGGCCUUUUGAUAAGAUGGCAACAUUGCUAGCAUAUUUGGGUCCUCCAGAGCACAAACCUGUGGAUUCACAUCUGCUGUUUUCAUCCUAUGCCAGGUGGAGUUCUAUAGACAUGUCAAGUAACAACUUUGAGGAAAUUAUGGUGAAGCACAAUAUGCAUGAGAAAGAGGAAUUCAAGUCCAUCAAGUCUCUUAAUAUUUUCUAUCAAGCUGGAACCAGUAAGCUAGGGUAUCCUGUCUUCUACUACAUAGCUCGCCGAUACAAGAUUGGAGAAACCAAUGCAGAUCUGUUGAUUUACCACGUGAUUCUAACUCUCAAACCAUUUUGCCACUCACCGUUUGAAGUUGUUGUGGACUUCACACAUAUGUGUGCAUACAAUCGGUUCAGGACAGAAUUCUUACAGAAAUGGUUCCAUGUCCUGCCUGUAUCAGCGUAUGAAAAUAUUCAUGCAGCAUACAUUUACAACUGUAACAGUUGGGUUCGAGAAUAUACCAAAUUCCAUGACCAGCUACUGGCACCACUGAAGGGAAAUCGCAAACUGAUCUUCAUUGAAACUCCAGCACGCCUAAAUGACUUUAUUGAACUAGAUCAACAGAAGUUACCUGGAGCAACACUUUCUCUUGAUGAAGAUCUUAAAGUUUUCUUUAAUGCACAUAAAUUGUCUCCCAAGGACACCAAAGUGUACAUUAAGGUUGGUCCUACUGCCAUCCAGAUAACUUCAUAUGAGAAGGUUAAAGUGUUAUCUCAUUCAGUUCUUCUGAACGAUGUUUAUUAUGCAUCAGAAAUUGAGGAAGUUUGUAUGAUAGACAGCAACCAGUUCUCGUUAACAAUAGCUAACGGAUCAGGACCAUUGUCAUUUGUCCAGACUGACUGUGAUAACACUGUACAAGCCAUAAUACACAUCCGGAAUCGAUGGGAACUCUCACAGCCAGACUCGGUAACAGUCCACCAGAAGAUUCGACCCAAGGAUGUUCCAGGAACAUUACUAAAUAUGGCACUAUUAAAUUUGGGAUCCUCAGAUCCCAACCUCAGAUCAGCAGCCUACAACCUCCUUUGUGCACUUACUGCUACAUUUGGUUUGAAAAUAGAGGGUCAGUUACUGGAGACAUCUGGUUUAUGUAUUCCAUCAAACAACACAAUAUUCAUCAAAUCUGUGAGUGAAAAGCUUGCAACAAAUGAACCACAUCUCACUCUUGAAUUUUUAGAAGAGUGCAUCCAAGGGUUCCGAGUUUCCAAUAUUGAGCUCAAGCACUUGUGCCUUGAAUAUAUGACACCAUGGUUAGCAAAUUUAGUGAGGUUCUGUAAACCUUCAGAUGAAAGUAAGCAUCAACAGAAAAUGGGACAUAUUUUGAAAAAGCUCAUACUUUUGACCAUUGAGGAAGUGGAGAUGUAUCCAUCAAUACAGGCCAAGAUCUGGGGAUCCAUUGGUCAAGUGCCUGAGCUUAUUGACAUGGUGCUGGACAGCUUCAUACAUCGGUCAAUGAAGAGUGGGCUUGGCUCACCCAUGGUGGAAAUCAUGGCAGAUACUGCCGUGGCUCUGGCUUCGGCAAAUGUACAGCUUGUAGCCAAGAAAGUGAUUGGAAGACUAUGUAGGGUAUUGGAUAAAACUUGUACUUCUCCUACACCAUUGCUAGAACAACAUAUGAUGUGGGAUGACAUAGCAAUACUUGCACGCUACCUGCUCAUGUUAUCCUUUAAUAACUGCCUGGAUGUAGCACGCCAUCUGCCAUAUUUGUUCCAUUCUGUGUCUGCCCUUGUGUGUUCAGGGUCUUUGAGUAUGAGGGCCUCAACUCUUGGCCUUGUCAUCAACAUCAUUCAUUCACUGUGUACUUGCAGCAAACCUUCAUUUAGUGAGGAAACUCAGAGAGUUUUACGACUUAGUUUAGAUGAAUUUUCCUUGCCCAAGUUUUAUCUGCUUUUUGGAAUCAGCAAGGAAAAGUCAGCUGCAGUCACAGCAUUCAGGGCGAGUUAUCGACAUCCAAGUGAACGCUGGUAUGGCCAGGAACGAAGUUUCUCAGGAUCCAACUACUGUGACCGGGAGCGGCUGUCACUGACAUCUCUAGAGGUCAUCACUGAUGCACUCCUAGAAAUUAUGGAGGCAUGUAUGCGAGACAUUCCUGACUGUGAUUGGUUACAAACUUGGACAGCACUGGCAAAGAGUUUUGCAUUUUGCUACAAUCCUGCCCUUCAGCCACGAGCUCUCAUUGUAUUUGGUUGUAUCAGUAAAAGCAUCGCAGAUCAGGAUAUCAAACAACUCCUGAGGAUACUUGUAAAGGCGUUGGAGAGCUUCAAUGACAUUGUUCUGCUAGAAGCAUUGGUUAUGUGUCUCACAAGGUUGCAACCUCUACUGCGACCUGAAUCACCUAUACAUCGUGCUCUCUUCUGGGUUGCAGUCUCAGUCCUGCAGCUUGAUGAAAUAGCAUUGUAUGCAUCUGGGUUGGCACUUUUGGAACAAAAUCUACAUACACUUGAUUCUCAAGGGACCUUUGAAGAAAAGACCCUAGCACAGGUGAUGAUGUCAACCAGAGAACCCUUGGAGUGGCAUUUCAAACAGCUGGACCAUGCUGUGGGUCUGAGCUUCAAAUCCAACUUCCAUUUUGCAUUGGUUGGACAUUUACUGAAAGGUCUUCGGCAUCCAACACCAACAACUGUGUCCCGUACAACAAGAAUCGUAUCUAUGCUGCUUGGCAUCAUAGCCAAACCACACAAACGAGAUAAAUUUGAAGUGACACCAGAGAGUGUAGCAUACUUAGCAGCAUUGGUAUCUGUAUCGGAGGAAGUGAGAAGUCGUUGUCAUGUCAAACAUUCCAUAGCGAGAAUGAUUCCAGAGUCAGGUUCUGGUGAGAAUUUUGCUGUUGAUAGCCACCUCAAUGUUAUGCCCCAUCCUCCUGCCACUAAUGUUUCACAUGCUAUGAGUGUUAUGUCAGCAAGCCCUUCCCAGAGAAGUGAAGGGAGUAAUGGUCAAAGCAAUCAGCAGCCCCAGCAGGAAGCCAGUGGGGUGGGUACCCCAACCAAUAGGAGACAGAAGUCAUGGGAUCUUUUAGACCAAACGGCAAUAGCACUGGCGAGACAGAAGAAGCACCACACUCAGCAACAAGCUCAACAUCAGGUUCAGUCGGCUGCAUGUGGGGGGGAGACUAGUAACAGUAAGGGGUGGCACAGCUUGGACCUGUGCCCUCAAGCCCCACCCUCAGCUCCCCCAGGGGGACCUUCGGGUGCAAGGCCCUUAUUCCGAACUCAACGAUCUUCAUCCGUUCCAGCCCCCAAGUCUGGUGUGGAGGCUGGUGCUGCCUCCAUAGGAAAAGAUUGCUGUGCACAUGAUAUCGAGUCUAGUUCUUCGAGCCUGCCUAGUGUUUGGUUAUCAAAGUCAAGUGCACGAGUUCUCUUCCGAACGCAGCGCUCAUUCUCCGUUCCAACAACUAAAGAGCCAAACUCGGGUGAUGAGUCAGAUGUCAAGGAUCGUAGUGCCCGUGUGUCGGUGUCUAAUGAAAACAAUGUUCUCCUGGAUCCUGAUGUGCUAACUGAUUUCUCAACACAAGCAUUAGUACUUACUGUGUUGGCCACUCUUGUGAAAUACUCAACAGAUGAAAAUGAGACACGUAUCCUGUAUCAGUAUUUGGCAGAAGCUUCUGUUGUGUUCCCCAAAGUUUUCCCUGUCAUUCACAGUCUGCUGGGUGCCAAAAUAAACAGUGUGCUGUCAGCCUGUCAUGACCAUGUGAUCUUGAAUGCCGUGCAGGCCAUCAUACAGAACAUGAUUUCCAGCGAAGAUACAACCCAGCAGCAACUCCACUAUUUGCAGAGUUGUGGCUUUGGAGGUCUCUGGAGGUUUGCAGGUCCUUUUACAAAGUGCAACUGCACAGCAGAGAGUGCAGAGCUGUUUGUCAACUGUUUGGAAGCCAUGGUGGAGACCUGCUUACCUAUUGAGGAAGAGGAAGUGGAACUGGCCCAGUACCCUUCCAUGUUGAGUGUUUCAAGCAAUAUGAACCUUAGUUCAUCAAUGUCCAGCCUAACUUUAGGAUCUCCUACUGAAAAGGAGCCAAUACUUGACGUAGGCGGCUGCUCAGAUGGGUCAGCAAGUUCGUUAGGAAGGUCUCCGUUCACUAAACAACGAAAUUUCAAAUGUAUGGGCAAGGCUACCAGCGGGGCAGAAGGUGCAAAAUGAGAGGAGGAUGCCUGGGAUGAGGCAAUGUGACAUCAAGAAACAUUGCAGCGGCGGUGACAUAGCCACAGUGACUGCAAGACUCGAUAGAGAAGUGUGUCUCUGAUGGGCAUAUGGACCCAUCAUUUCCGUUGCCUGUGCUACUGCUGUUUGGAACCACACUGACUGUGCCCCCCCCCUCUCUCUUUCACUCACAGACACACACAAAUGCUCAGUGUUCACUGCCCUAGAUGUCAACUGUAUUAGGAACUCAUCCAAAUUAUCCACAUCCUAUUUUGUGUCUAGAAUAGUUCUCAGCCUUUUUACUCUGGUGAGUCACCUGAGAGGUAAGAGAGAGAUCAAUAUCUCAUCCAUAGUUCACACAUUUGAUUCUUACAUGUUGUGAAUGACAACAUUAAUGCAAAAUUUUUGUCAUCAGAGUCUGAAUGGGAUAGCAAGAAGUAGGCCUGUAAAAUAUGAAUCACGUGGUGAGUGCAGCUAGUGGAAGACAUUGCAUCUGGCAUGGUUGUCAGUCAGUCUAUGCUAUAGCUGUACAUCAUGUAAUUUGCACCAGGAGCCAUACAGCUGUGUGAUAGAUGAGAUGCUAUGCUGCAUAACCUACAUCCAGUGAAGAUUUGAAAUGAAACAUGAAGUUCUGAAGAAUAGCUGAUCACCUACUUUCAUUUGUUACCAAAUGGGCCACAUAGAAAAAGACACAUACAACAAUCCUAUUGUUGUGUGUGUACUCUUUGCCACGGGAAUGUGUUUGCCAAACCAUUGCCUAGCAACAGUAGGGGGGGAUACAUAUACAGACAACUAGGUGAUGUCAUAAGCCUACUUUUAGAGGGAAGGUUAACCAGUUAACUCAUAGAUUGUCUAGUUUUUGGAGAAAAUGUUCAGUUUCUACAGACAGGUCAAAUAGACAGUGGUAUAUUCAUGACAUUACAGAUUAAUUUCAUAGAUCAUCUUGCAAAUUAUGCAUCUAAUAUUUUUAUUGAAAAGUUUUGGAGAAAAUGAGUGCAUUAUGGGAUGAAAUAUGUAUCCACAUUUAUUCUAUAGUUUGUGAUAAUCAUAUUUUGUGAAAUGGAUGAAAGAAUGUAACAUUUAAGAAACCACAGCUUCAAAGAUGAAAGUUGGACAUCAAAUAUUCUUUGGUGUGAAAAUAUCAGACUCAUUAAUAUUUACUUCAUGGGUAAGAUACCUUGCAUGACUGUGGAUAUCGGAAGGAAAAGGAAGGGGGUCAUUUGUUUUCAUUCUGGACAACACGAUAAAAGAAGGUGAAUUGUUGAAUGGCUUGCUCAAUUAAAAACUGUAGUUGCUUUGAUGAAAUUGUAUGAUUUUGUGAUUUCGUUACAGAUUCAGAAUGUGUAGGCUUUAAAAUGAAGACUACUUUACAUGGAGGAUGAAUGUGGCCAUUUAUAAAGGUUAUUUCUCCAACCAUUUGAUGGAGUUUGAUGAAUUUUGAUAUAUAGAAGCUUUACAUUAGCCCUUUCAUGGUUGUUGGAACAUUUAUUUUUCACUUGAAUUUUUCAACAUUUGAUCCCAGUGGAGUCAGUCCAUUGUUAAGUAGUUUUUCUCCUGUUGUAAUUUACAGGUCUGUCCAUCCCAUUUUGAAACAUCUGAAGAUCUUUAUGGAAGAAAUACACCUCACUUUGGGCUCUGCUGAGAUGAAUGCAAAAAACAUAAUUUGGCCUUGAAAAGUUUAAACAUUUAUAUAUGAAUUUCAUUUCGGUUCAUAUUAGCCUAUUAGAAGUCUCAAGCACAACUCAAUACACACACAUGCAUGGACACAUGUGUAUGUGCAUUUAUUUUGUAUAUUUAUUGUUUAUAUAACAAUGUUGUCAGUAUCUCAGACUGUAUAGCAUCAGAUAGUAAGAUUUGGAAUUGGAAAGGAUGGGCUAAUUUAAGGUAUUAUUGUGGUAUUUAUGUGGACGGAUUGAGAAAAACCACAAAACCUGUCAGGAUAGUUGGUGUCCCGGCUGAGAUUGAAACUGGGGAUCUCCCAAAUUUAAGUCUGGAAGUGUUACUACCUAAGUAGCUUAAUUUCCUGUAAAUCAAAUUAUAUGUGGAUUUAAAUAAAUAUAUAUUCUUUGUUGAUGGCCCUUGGUGAUACCGCCACUUUGGUUAUGCCCCCCAGUGUGAUUACACGUUCUAUCUUGUACAAAUUUCUAUGAAAUAUUUUAGUUGUAUUGUUCCUUGUUACAGAGUUCAGAUACAGAGGCUGAAAUCUACCUUGAAUAGGUAGUUACAAGUAUAUUUCUGGUUUCUCUAAUUCCAUAAUUAGAUAAAUUUCAAUUUUAUUUAUAACACAGGUACUGAAGCUGUCCCCCAACAUCCACUUUAUGUUGAGAGUUACAUCGUAUUUAGACUCUCAUAGAAAUUCCUUAGCUUAUCCCUGCAAUUUCGCCAUAUCCAAGAGGCACAUUUUGCAGACAUAUUUCUUAACACAUUUGAAAUACUAAUAUUGUGGGUGUUUUGCUUGUUGCCCCUUUUGAUGCCAUAUUGUCAAAGUUGUCUACUUUGAUAUAAAUCAUAGGAAUGAUAAACACUCUUCCAUAUUGGAAAUGUUAACCUUUGGGCAUUUGGUAGAAGUAAGUACAUCAUAAAAUUGUGACCCACAUGUUUAGCGCAGAAGUAUAGUGAUUUCUCAUUAUAACAUGUCUGCAUUCAGCACUUCGCUCUUUUCAAAGCACAGAAUUUUGUGGUUUUUGAUCCUCUGUCCAUAAGAAUUAUGCUGAUGUCUUCUGUGUGUGUCGUUGUUCUACUAUAGUCUUGAAGUGCGUAUGAUGUUGUUAAUUGAAAGAACUUGUGUUUAUUGAGACUUUUGAUGUCAUAUAUUUUGUAGAAUAUACACUAAUAAACCUACAUCAGCCAUAUGGAAGACAGAUACGGAGAUGCUGAGUAUGAAUUGCAUACAUCUAUCAGCAGUGGUAUGCAACUCAGAAUAUUCUGUUGUAGUAACACAUCUUCUGUGGGCGCUACAGUCCAUGAUGAACCUUGACCUCUUUUAUGAUUGCUUGCCAUUGGUCAUGAUCCUGUGACUUCCAGCUCCAAUUUCUAAUGCCCAUUGUCUUCAAAUCUGGUUCCAGCCACCUGAUAACAGUCUGCCUAAUCACUGAAUACCCUCUGGUUUAUGGAGAGUGAACUUCCUGCAAGGGUUCUGCUCCUAUCCCAGCCAUCUCAACUGCUCUAUUCUGAUCACUCUCAUUAUGUAAUGUAUAAAGUUCAUUGUUACAUCUUGAUCUCCAUACACAGUUUUCCUUCAUUGGGCCAGAAAUUCUUCUUAACAUCCUUUCAAAGAUUCAUGGCAUAUUUUCAUCCUUCCUUGUUAGGGGCCAGCUUUCACCUCCAUAGGUAAGCAUAGGGCUAAGAAGCAUAUAUAAAUCACAUUUUGUCUCCCAUUUAAUUGUUUCUUUAGGCCAUAACUAGCUCAACUUGUCAUUAAAAUUAUCUGUUCUAUUUUAAUAGAAAUAUUUCAAUUUCUUCUGUUACAGUAGAUCCAAGAUAUUUAUGUUCCCUCACCCCUUCAAAUUGCUGGUCAUCCAUUUCAAGCAUUCUUAAAUUAGUUGGCCAUUUUGUUACUUCCAAGUAUUAGCUUUUUUUGCAGAUUGAUUGUAAGUCCAAUUUCCUUCACUGAUUUACUGAAGUUUAUAAUUGCUUCUUUCAGCACACCUUUGGUUCUGCCCAUUAAAACAAUGUCACCUGCAUAUGCAAGUAUCUGGAUUGUUUCAUUAUAUAUAGUUCCUAUGCUCAAAUCUCUGACCACCUUUUCUAAUGCUACGGUAAAUAAAAUACAUGACAAGGUAUCUCCCUGUUUCAGGUCCCUUGAUGUUCCAAAUGGCUCUCAUAGAUUAUUCAGCAUUUUAACUCUCCUUAGUGACUAAUACAUGAAUAUAUUAUACAGAUUUAAUCAUAUACUACUUGAUAUUUUGAUGAAGUACCUGCAACAUUUAAUGCACAGAAUACUGUAUGUUUUAUAAGUGAAGAUCUGAUUAGUUCAAACAAUAAAACUAAUUUUUUAUUAUUAUCCCAUCCCUCCCUCCUGUUCUAGUCUACAUUUCUUGUGUAUGGUAUAUUGUAAGAUAGUUUAUGCUGAUCCAAGUCGUGUAUAUUUGUAUCAUGUUUCAAGUCAGUGUCUUCAGUGUUCUGCCAUCUCUUCAUGUCCAUUGCAUUUUAUAUAUAUGCAAGGUAAUAAAAAAUGUUGACUUUUUA